CUUUGCUAUCUGUCUAUUAACGUAGUUAAAAUGUACUAGAAGGGAAAACAUGUCGUUUUGUUGCACACUGGAUAUAUUAAACUUUCUUCGUUCGAUAUAUGAAAUUGAAUACUUCGCGUUAUCCAGCUACCGUCUACCCAGCCAUGUGGUCGUGGAAGCUUCUUGCAGCAGUAGUGUGCACAUUCGGUUUCUUCAAGGAACUUCGGCCCUCGGAAGCCUAUCUGUCCGCCUAUCUGACCGGACCAUGGAAGAAUCUAACAGAGGAGCAGGUGGGAAAUGAGAUAUACCCUUGGUGGACCUACGCAUACCUCCUUUGGAUGGUACCGGUUCUUCUCCUUACGGACUACUUUCGCUACAAACCUGCAUUAGUGGUUCAAGGAUUGGCCUACAUGACCACAUGGGCACUACUUCUGUGGGCGCAAGGCGUUACCGCUAUGAGAGGCGUGGAGGUCACGUAUGGUCUUGUCAGUGCGUGUGAUAUCAGUUACAUGUCGUAUCUAUACGCCGUGACUCCUGUUGAAUAUUUCCAAAGAAUAUCAGCUUUUACGAAGGCGGCAGCGCUGACGGGAAUGUUCGUAGCUUACCUGCUUGGACAGCUUCUGACUAUGUUCGAUGUCCUGGACUACUUUCAGCUGAAUAUAUUUUCAUUCGUUAGCGUAACAAUCGCCUUUUUAAUCAGCGUCAUUCUACCAAGAGCAAUUUACUCAGAAUUGUUUAACCCGCGUAUAUACCAUGAAAAAGAUGUGGGUUCUGAAGAUGGCAGUAAAGAUGUUCGUGAAAUAAACCACACUGAAACACCCGAAUAUCUUGCAAACCCCUGUGCUGGGACAGGCUGCUUAAACCGAACAAAAUCGCUCAUAAUGUUCCUUGCAAAUGAAAUAAAAACCAUAUACAUGAACAAAACAAUCCUCACAUGGUCAAUAUGGUGGGCGUUUGCCUCGUGUGGGAAUUUUCAAGUACAGAACUACAUUCAGAAUCUGUGGUUGAUUCUCACACCAAAUACCUUUGGGACCGAAAAGCAAAAUCUGUACAACGGCGCUGUAGAGGCGGCGGGAACUCUGCUAAGUUCGGGUAUGGUUCUACUGAUUGGAUUCUUGCCCAUUGAUUGGUCAGUGCCGGUAAGGAGCGAGUUAUUAAUGCUGGUUGUGUGCGCACUCAAUGCGGUGAUCCUCUUUUGCAUGGGAACAACAAGCAGCCUAUGGGUAUGCUAUAUUCUCUACGACGUGUUCAGAACCACGUAUCAGAUUGUGCUUACCCUAGCCGCAGCGCAGAUAGCUCGCAAUCUUCAGAGGCAGCGGUACGGCUUCGUAUUUGGUUGCAAUACAUUUCUGGCGCUACUCGUUGAAACUAUUCUUACGGCAAUUGUUGUGGACCAGGCAGGCUUGGGCGUCGACGUGCAAACACAGUUCAAGGUUUACGGUGGUUACUUCGGAGUAAUGGCAGUGUUGUUUACAGUAUACGUAUGUGUUAAUGUCUGCAAACUUCGUGAACGCACAUUUAACGUCAUGGAAACGGAAAUACCUGAACAAAAGGAGAGUUGAAAUCUAUCUUAAUCAACGGAAAUUAUUCCGUUUGAGCUUAUCAUGAAUUGCGCAAAAACUAUCGUUUUGUAUAUAAGUGGGAAUUGUAAAAUGUAUCACACUGUGAAUAGAAAAUAAACAUAUCCUGUAUAUAUGUGUAUAUGUGAUAUGUUUUAUAUGUUUUUUAUAUAAUGAAAGUUUGUAUAUAAUCUUUUGCCAGUGGAAUAUACAUAUCAAGCAUAAUUUAAUUUAAUAAAUGUUAUUUAUUAUCCAUAUAACUUGCACGGCUGUGAAUUCAAAUUACUAUUGCUUAUACUGUUUGGAAAAGCAUUGGUAGAACAGGAAUAAGAGAUAACUGAAAUAAUGAUGUUCCUUGUGAAGUAAUUGGUAGUAAUGGUGUUAUAACUCGAGAUAAAAAUAUUGUUUUCGGGAAAUGGAAAACUGAUUUUAGUAAUUUAUAUAACUCUGAUAAUACUAUGUCUUUUGACUCUGAAAAUGUUGAUGUUAACUUGUCAAUAGAACGUGCUGUUGAUAAUAGUAUUUUUAUCCAAGAUUUUACAAUAGAUGAUGUUAGGAUGGCAGUUUUUGACAUAAAGCUGAAUAGAACCAUUGGUGUGGAUGAACCUGAUGAAGUUUAAAAAUAAUAAUUAUGUUAUUUCCUUUUAACAUAAACUGUAUAAUAAAUGUUUUCAAACGGGUACUUUGCCAAACAUAUGGAACGAAACUUUUAUCAAGCCAAUACCUAAAUCUUCAACUAGUAACCCUAUUGACCCAAUGUCAAGCUAUAAAACUAGCUGUGUAUACGAUGUAUUGUUCAUUAGUUAACAAACGAUUGAAUUCUUUUAGUACAAAUAGAGGUAUUUUAUACGAAGGGCAAAAUGGUUUUCGAAGUGGUCGUAGUACUGUUGACCACAUUCAGUCGCUUACAAGUAUAAUUGAUAGUAAAAAAAAAAUGCCGUUUAUCAACAUACUGUGCCUUUAUAGAUUUCAGAAAGGCGUUUGAUUGUAUUAAUAGAGGCUUACUUUUUGUAAAAUUUGUCCCUAGUAAGUGUAUAAAUGCUGUAUCAAAAUGUUAUGUAUUCUGUCAAAUUGAAUGGCGUUAACACUGAUUGGUUUACUGUUAAAACUGGCUAAAGCAGGGUUGUUCGUUUUCGCCAUUACUGUUCAGUCUAUACAUAAAUGAUUUUGCUUUGAAACUGAAGGCUGCUGGCAAAGGAGUGGAUAUUGAUGGCAAAAAUGUACCAAUACUCUUUUAUGCGGAUGAUAUAGUACUUAUUGCCUAGAAUGAGCAUGACUUACAAAAUAUGUAAAAUAUUCUUUAUACAUUGUGCUCUUCACACAGCAUGAAUGUAAAUCCUGCAAAAUCAAAUAUUGCACACUUUCGUAAUGCAUCUGUAGAACGUUCAAACUUUGUGUUUAAAACUGGUGACACUCAACUUAACUAUGUAACACAAUAUAAAUAUCUUGGUCUUGUAUUAACUGAGCACUUAGAUUAUUGUAUUUAUGCAAGAACUGUUGCUCAAUAUACUAAAAGAGCUUUAGGAAUGUUGAUCGCUAAAACAAAGACAUCUGAGAGUAUUCCGUAUGAAGCGUUUUCAAAAUUGUACGAGUCAACAGUUGUAUCAGUAAUUACAUAUGCUUCUUCCAUAUGGGGUUGUGAAAAUUUCUCCUGUAUAAGUGCAGUGCAGAAUAGAGCUGCUCGCUACUUAUUUAAUGUUGGGAAAUAUACCCAAAAUGCCGCUGUUUUAUGAGAUGUUGACUGGAAGCCUAUUACUUACCAUUGAUGGAAAAGUGUAUUAGCCAGUUGGUAUAAAUUUGUCUGUAAGAGUCAUAGUAGAUUGAAUAGGAAGCUAUUUGUAUGGGCCAAUAGUGUUGCAAGAAGUACAUGUAAAAAAUUGGAAUUUUAAUCUUUGUAAAAUGCUAAAGGAUUAUAACUUGGAAAGGUUUUGUAAUGUUGAUAUACCUAUACAAAAACAUAAUAUUUAUGCUUCUGUACUACCUUAAAUAUUAGACAGUUUCAAGCAAGAUUGGUUAAAUGAUAUUAAUCGUGAAUCUGCUCGAUAAGGAAAUGGUUGUAAUAAACUGAGAUUAUAUAGAACGUUCAAAAAAACAUAUGAAACUGAAGGCUAUUGUAGCACUAUUUUUAAUAGGUCAUACAGGGGAGCUAUUGCAAAUUUCCGCAGUGGAACUGUGCCAAUUUGUAUUGAGUAAGGAAGAUACAAUGGUUUGUCAGUUGAACAAAGAGUCUGUUUUCAUUGUCCAGAUACUAUUGAAGAUGAGACAUAUGUGUUGUUACAUUGUCCUCUAUAUGAAACUGUUAGAUUUGAUUUGUUACAAAAGGCAGAAGAAUACGAUUCACAUUUUGUAACCUUAUUUGAUACUGAUAAAGUAGGAUUUAUAUUAUCUAAUUCAGACAUAGCUUUUUAUAGUGCCAGAACCUGCUUCAACAUGCUGAAUUAAAGAAAACUGGUAUUGUACAAUAACAAUGUGUAAUGUAAUAAAUGUAUUUUAGUGUAAAUACUUGAAAACCAACAAUUUUGAUGUCAGACAUAUUUUAUAUUUGAAUUCCUAGAUACAUGUUUAAGUGCAUAUAUGACAAUUGUUUUACUAGUGAAAUUGUUUUAGCUCCAUCCUAAUGUUCCCUUGUUAAUCAAUUUGUGUUUAGAUCUGAUCAAUUUCCAUUAUUUAACACCCAUUUUGAGAAUGUGUUAUAACAUCCCUUCUUAAGGCAGAUUUUAAUUACCCGAUUAACAAGGAUAUUUUAGAUCUUAUUUGUAUUAUGUGUAUAUAAAGUAUAGUCUAUGGAUCAUGAGUAUCUUAUUGUGUUUCUAAAUUUGUCAUGUUAACAUUAAAAGUCUCUUGUAAAUCUUUUUAGAUUGUCAAUGUACUGUAUUUUACACUGUGUUAUGUAGGUGAGUAUAUACUGUGUAUAAUAAUGAGACUAUAAUAAAUAAAUAAAUACAUAAAUCAAUCAAUAUACUGUGUCAAGAACGCGGUUUAGCAUGCCAGAAAUAAAGUUUAACAUAUAAA